GAAGCACACAGUGCAAAAAACGUCAAGAUGGCCUCCGACCUCUACCGCAUCCGAGUCGUCCGCGUCCAUCGCGGCAAGUGCAUCGUCGUUUUCCGCGUCUACUGCGUCUACUACGACUGCACGGUGCCAUCCGAUGCCUCCUUCUUCGUGCUCCUCCUCGACGACGGCCGGUUCCUCUUUCAAUCGUACGCCAACGUCGGUCCCAACAGUGGUUUUUCAAGCGCCAACGAGCCCUUUGCAAUCGCCUCCGACGGUCAAGCACUGAAUCGUGCAUGGAUGACUGCGAACGCCCACAAGUUUGUGAAGCGCGUCGAACAGACCGCGUACUCGCCGUCGACGCUCAAGACGAACCCGGCGUUCGUCUACAGCGGCUUUAAACAGGAGCGGCAGCUUGAGCAAGGCGUGUACGAAGUCGAGUAUACAGAUCCCAAGUGGAUCGAGCACUUCAAGGUCGGUCAUGUGUGGCAGACGGCCUGCUUUGACAUGCUGAGCUGCAUGCCCAUUGACUCCUCGCGCCUCAAAUCCGUGGCGACGCCCACGCCGAAAGCAACCCGCGCUGCGGCGCCGUCAUCGUCCAAGACGACAAAGAAGCCCGUGAAGAAGACAAAAACGAUCAAGGCAGGUGCCUCUACCAAGACCACCGUUGAAAAACGCAAGUCCAAGGUUUAGAUUAAACAACGUCCAUUCAUAUAAUCUACUACAUAACAUUAGCAACGGUGUUGGACGAGA